UCUCUCUCUCUCCCUCGCUCCCUGGCUGGCCGUUUGACUGUGAGCUCCUCACUUCAUCCGCACUGUGUUUACAUUCCCGUCCCCUGAGUCGAACCCAAUCCGCGGUGUACACCAUGUCCAAGCCGCUCUCCGACCAUGAUCGCAAGAAGCAGAUCUCGGUGCGCGGCCUGGCCGGCGUGGAGAACGUGACGGAGCUGAAGAGCAGCUUCAACCGCCACCUCCACUUCACGCUGGUGAAGGACCGGAUCGUGGCCACCAAGCGGGAUUACUACUUUGCCCUGGCCAACACGGUGCGGGACCAUCUGGUGGGCCGCUGGAUCAGGACGCAGCAGCACUACUAUGAAAAGGACCCCAAACGUGUGUACUACAUCUCCCUGGAGUUCUACAUGGGCCGCACUCUGCAGAACACCAUGGUGAACCUGGCCCUGGAGAACGCCUGUGACGAGGCCACCUACCAGCUGGGUCUGGACAUGGAGGAGCUGCAGGAGAUGGAGGAAGAUGCCGGUCUUGGAAAUGGAGGACUGGGUCGUCUGGCUGCUUGUUUCCUGGACUCCAUGGCGUCUCUGGGACUCGCGGCAUACGGUUAUGGAAUACGUUAUGAAUUCGGUAUCUUCAAUCAAAAAAUUGUCAACGGCUGGCAGGUGGAGGAGGCUGACGAUUGGCUGCGCUUCGGCAACCCCUGGGAGAAGGCCCGCCCCGAAUACAUGCGGCCAGUGAAAUUCUACGGAAGAACCGAACACCAUCCUGAUGGGGUCAAAUGGGUGGACACUCAGGUGGUGCUGGCUCUGCCCUACGACACGCCCAUCCCCGGCUACAGGAACAACAUCGUCAACACCAUGAGGCUGUGGUCCGCCAAAGCCCCCUGCGACUUCAACCUCAAAGACUUCAACGUUGGCGGCUACAUCCAGGCUGUGUUGGACAGGAACCUGGCAGAGAACAUCUCCCGUGUUCUGUAUCCAAACGACAACUUCUUCGAAGGCAAGGAGCUGCGUUUGAAACAGGAGUACUUUGUGGUUUCUGCCACCCUCCAGGACAUCAUCCGUCGCUUCAAGGUCUCAAAGUUUGGCUCCAGGGAAGUCGUUCGCACAGACUUUAACAAACUGCCUGACAAGGUUGCCAUUCAACUGAAUGACACCCACCCUGCCAUGGCUAUCCCUGAGCUGAUGAGGGUGCUGGUGGACGAAGAACAACUGGACUGGGACAAGGCGUGGGACAUCUGUGUGCGUACCUGUGCGUACACCAACCACACGGUUCUCCCCGAGGCGCUGGAGCGCUGGCCUAUUGACCUCUUUGCCCACCUCCUGCCCCGUCACCUGGAGAUUAUCUACGAAAUCAACAGGCGCCACCUGGAGAACGUUGCAGCCAGAUUCCCAGGCGACCAUGAGCGCCUGUGCCGUAUGUCCCUGGUGGAGGAGGGCGGCCAGAAGAGGGUCAACAUGGCCCACCUCUGCAUCGUGGGCUCGCACGCCGUCAACGGCGUCGCCCAGAUCCACUCCGACAUCCUAACGGCAACCAUCUUCAAGGACUUCUAUGAGAUGGAUCCCCACAAGUUCCAGAACAAGACCAACGGCAUCACCCCCCGACGCUGGCUGGUCAUGUGCAACCCUGGCCUGGCUGAGGUCAUCGCUGAGAGGAUCGGUGAGGAUUUCAUCCGAGAUCUGGACCAGCUGAAGGGGCUACUCAAGUACGUCAACGAUGAAGCCUUCAUCCGAGACAUCGCCAAAGUCAAACAGGAAAACAAGCUGAAGUUUGCCGCCCACCUGGAGGAGCACUACAAGGUGAAGAUCAACCCCAACUCCAUGUUUGACAUCCAGGUGAAAAGGAUCCACGAGUACAAGAGACAGCUGCUCAACUGCCUGCACAUGAUCACCUACUACAACCGGAUCAAGAAGGAGCCCAACAAGCAGUGGACCCCCAGAACAGUCAUGAUCGGAGGAAAGGCGGCCCCUGGUUACCACACGGCCAAGAUGAUCAUCCGCAUGAUCACAGCGAUUGGUGAGGUGAUCAAUAACGACCCGGUGGUGGGCGACCGCCUGAAGGUGAUCUUCCUGGAGAACUACAGAGUCACCCUGGCAGAGAAAGCCAUCCCCGCCGCCGACCUCUCCCAGCAGAUCUCCACGGCCGGGACGGAGGCGUCCGGCACGGGCAACAUGAAGUUCAUGCUGAACGGCGCGCUGACCAUCGGCACCAUGGACGGGGCCAACGUGGAGAUGGCGGAGGAGGCCGGCGACGGGAACCUCUUCAUCUUCGGCAUGAGGGUGGACGACGUGACCGCGCUGGACAAGAAGGGAUACCAUGCUGUGGAUUACUACAAUCGCCUGCCAGAGCUCAAACAGGCCAUGGACCAGAUCUCCUCAGGGUUCUUCAGUCCCAAGCAGCCUGACCUCUUCAAGGAGAUAGUGGACAUGCUCAUGCACCAUGACAGGUUUAAAGUGUUUGCUGACUAUGAAGAUUACAUCAAAUGCCAAGAACAAGUCAAUGAGUUGUAUAAGAACCCCAAAGAAUGGACCAAGAAGGUGAUCUACAACAUCGCCGGCUCUGGAAAGUUCUCCAGCGAUCGCACCAUCGCCCAGUACGCCCGCGAGAUCUGGGGCGUGGAGCCCACCCUUGAGAAGAUCCCAGCCCCCGACGAUAUCUAGAGGGCCUGCCACCGAGAUCCCACCACGGACACGGAUCGUCACUCCUAACCCACACCUGUGGUCAUGAGCCUACCUGUAUCCCCCAUCGGUGAUGUCAUCUCGGCCUACACGAUAAAUAAAUCAUCUUUGGGAAAAAUGAAUUGGGUUGCAGAGUAGUCUUUCGCGCUAACAGGCAGUGUUGAUCGCAAGUUUUCCACAACAAAUGAAUGGCCUCCCUACGUGUGUGUAUCAUUAUAAACUUUUUCUUGUUA